AUGUCUGAGAAAGAUUGGAAAGAUUUUAAACACAGAAUGAAAGAAAAGAAGAAGACGAAAGAAGAGAAGAACGAGAAGAACAGAACAAUAAAGAAUAACUACCUUACGGUGCAAAGACUGACUCCUGAAGUAAGCGGCAAGGCUCAAAAGUUUGAUCGAAUUGGGAUGCGAGAAUAUGUUCCCAUUGAUACAAACGAACCGAUCACAUUGGAAAAGAUUAAACAAGCGUGUGAGCAUUACUUCAAACACCUUAUUGGAAGAGAAUUAAACUGCGACGUUCUAGCCGGGGAGCGUGGGCCCUCUUGUAGCACAAUUGAACAAAUUCCAGACUUGAAACUCAUUCACGUAAGGUUUCUGCCAGGCGGGAAAGCAACAUACAGCAAGAUUGAAGACAGCGACCCUUGUACAUCAUCUGUGGUCGCAUCUUGCACAACCAAGCAAGACAAGAUGAAAGAUGACUCAAAUGUUGAGAGAGCAGGAUCACCAGAACCCAAACCAAAGAAAUCACGAUUUGAGAGCCCAACCAAGUAUCCUUUAAGUCUGUCUGUUUCAGAUAUGCUUAAACUAGGUAAACUUGGUCAGCCGGGUAGAUCGACUACCGUUGUUAAAGUGUACUCUUUCGACAUCAACACUAAAACAUGGUGCCAAGUUCCACAAAUAGUUGAAUUUGUGGAAGUCUCUGUGUGUGGAAAAGGUGCUUUCAGGCAAGCAACCAAAGCAACCACCUAUCACCCGGAUUUCCGCCACAAUAGCUGGGUUAUCAAAAGGUACAUAGAGAAAGCAAGAGAUCAGAUUCUUAACUUGGGACUAACCAUAGAAGAUCACACAAGAAAAACGGUGCAAAUGCACCUAUUGGCAAGAAAUCUUGCAAAACAGCUUAAGGAAAGGGUGAGAGAUGUAAAAGAGUUUGGUAAGGCUUUGACAUACCAUAAUAUUUACUUGGGCGAAACUGGAGGAGAUUUUGUUACCAUUGAAGUGUUUAUUGAGGGUGAAUUUAAGAAAUACCUUAACAAUAAUGGCAAAGUACCACAGGCUAUACAGGAUAAAGAUAUCAAUGCACUUAAGGCUCAGUGCCUUGCUCAUUUUUCUUUUGAACAGUCUGGUGGGAAACUCUUGUUAUUGGACAUUCAAGGAAGCAACGAAGACCUGUAUGACCCAGAAAUCUCUUCUGCUGAAUUGUACGAUGACUCAAAACAAGCCAUACUCUAUUGUGCAGGGAAUCUGUCUACAGUAGCUAUUACUACCUUUACAAAUGAGCACAAGUGCAACAAGUUCUGCCAGCUUGCAAAGCUUAAACCAUUUGUAAACCAAGAGAAAGAAUCAGAUGAGUAA